AUGAAAAAGUGGGGUGGAGAAGGAGGAGAAAAAGGUAGGGGAGAAGAGGGGAAGGAGCCACCACCAGAAAAUCAAGAAAAUUUAGGGGAAAAGUUGAGGAGAAUAGCAGGGAAAAGAGGUGGACAAACCACUCCUGUUUUGACAUUUCAGGCUCAAUUUAGCAGCGGCGGUGGUGCGCAAUAUAGCAGCGUGUCCGAGGUGGAAGAGAAGAACCCUGUUUUGAGUUGGACAGCCUCUGUGCCACCUGGUGCUUCUGCUAGAACGAUAGCUGCUACUGUUUGGGAGCUUCAUCAAUACGAUCUUCCGAUUACUAAAAUGUACAACGGCGGUGGUGGAGGAGGAGGAGGAGGGAGCCGGAGGAACCACCGGUAUCAGCAGCUCCACCACCUCCACCACCAUCACCACCUCCGGCAUCAUCUUCUUGAAGAUAACCCUGAUCCUUCUCCUGCUUCUCCUGAACUGGGGAGUGCUAGUAGUUUGAGAAGACACGUUGCGGCGUCAAUGAUGCAACAUAACCGCACGAUUCAAAGGAACCAUAACGACCGUAACGCUGUACGAGCAGUAUCACCUGCAAGUUACGGUAGUAGUUCCAUGGAGGUAGCACCUUAUAAUCCUGCUGUUACUCCUACAAGUUCUAUCGAGUUUAAAGGAGGAAAUGGCGAAACAAGUUAUAGUCUCAAAACGUCCACUGAGCUUCUAAAAGUUUUGAAUCGAAUUUGGAGCCUCGAAGAACAACAUGCAGCCAACGUAACCCUCGUGAGAGCUUUGAAACGUGAACUAGAUUUGUCCCGAUCAAAGAUCAAAGAACUUUCCCGGGACCGACAAUCUGAUCGGCAUGAAAUGGAACACUUGGUGAAGCAAAUUGCUGAAGAUAAACAAGGUCAAGCCGCUACCGCCAUUCAGUCGGUGAAAGACGAGCUUGAAGAUGAGCGGAAGUUACGGAAAAGGUCGGAGACGCUUCAUCGGAAAUUGGCUCGGGAGCUCUACGAGUCGAAAACAUCUCUCACAACAGCGUUGCGGGAAUUGGAAAACGAGCGGCGAUCAAGGGUGCUUUUGGAAGAUCUUUGUGAUGAGUUUGCUUGGGGGAUUAAAACCUACGAACAAGAAAUGCAUUCGUUGAAGGUUAUAACUCCCGAUAAAGGUAAUGGUUCGAAUCAUAGAGCGGUGGUUCGAGACAGACUGAUUCUUCAUAUAUCCGAAUCUUGGCUCGACGAGCGAAUGCAAACCAAGCAAGAGACGACACCUUUGAAGAACUCUGUUGCAGAAAAGUUAAGCUCGGAAAUCGAGGCUUUUCUUGAAGCGAAACGGAAAGGUUUACAAAAGUUAGGGUCGGGAUCGGGGGCGGGAGCAACAGCUCGACGACGACAUUCGCUCGAGUCCAUCCCAAUGAAUUUGGCCGCUAGUGCUCCUCCUGAUGAUGGUGAUGACGAUGACGAUGUUUCAUCUGGUGGCGGUGGUGAUUCACCGUGUUUCGAGCUAGAUAAACCAGUUGCCCGUGGCAAAGAUGAGAUCGGAAAUUCAACCACGAAGCUGGAUCAGGGUAAGAAAAAACUUGUGUCGCAAGGAACGGGAAAAGGGCGUGAUUCAUCUAGUUUGCAGGUGAAGUUUGAAGAGCAAAUGGCACAGGCGAUAUUAGGUCAAACAAAAACCGGAGAAGAAAAUCAUGUCGAAAUAACUGAAGAAGAGGUCGGUUUAAACUCGAAAUAUUUGGAUAGUUUACUCAAAAACCAUUAUCGGGAAACGGGAAAUGACUUCGAUGACUCCGUUAGUAAACCCAUGUGGAAAAGUCAUCCGAGUCCGGUUCGGGGUUGGACCACAAGGCUACCGAUAGAAGAUCUUGAGCUUUCCGAGUCAUCGGCAAAAGUCCCGGUUGAGUCAAAGGAUCAAACUAGCUUGAAGUCAAAGUUACUUGAAGCAAGAACACGGGGUCAUAGAUCGGGUUCUCGUGUAAAAACUAACAAGGUUUCGUUCUAAACUUCACCUUUUUCUCGGCCUUUCACAAGUUAUCUGUUUUCGGUGUGCAUAAAUCUACAAAUCGUUGUAUCAUGUCUUUUCGGUUUCAAUACAUGUAUUUCUUGUAUCAAUUUUACAUGCUGCUCGGCGUUUUGAAUAUCAAAAUAUGCUUAAAUUCCU